AGGACCGGCAUUAGACGUUUCGGCGUGCGACUUAUCGCACUACACCGCGGGCCGCCUCGCUGAAGUCGUGUGAUCCGCGGGCGAAACCGUUACUCCGACGGGCGUUCGUGAUAGGUACGUGUUUUUUAUUUUUAAAAAAAUGUUCAAAACAAUUUAUGGAAACCAUUCGAUUGCUGUCACACACCAUCGUAUACGGUCCGGUAUCGACGUAAUCGGAAUAUACGUACAGUAGACUAUCGGUCAACUGUUAUAAUAUUAUUGUUGUCGUUAAUCGUUUUCGACGAUAAAGUUCUACAAGAUAAUUGCGUCCAGCAUGUACAAUAAUAUAUAUAUUAUUAUUAUGUGACAAUAUCUCUGGUUCGUUACACCGAUAAAAGACGCAUUCUGACACUUUCAUAAAUCAUACUGAACUGUUAUUACAAUAAUAAUAUUUCAAUCGUUGUUGUUGUUAUUGUUGUUGUCGUUGUCGUUGUGUACGGGACGACUAUGCUACGGAGAGCCAACUCAAUCGUCGGUGGACGAACAAUAAUAUUAUUAAGAUACGAUAUUGUUUAAUUUAAAACAGUUUAAGACGAACGAAAUGAACGCUCUAUUAUAUCUAUUUACGCUGUACAUACUUGAAUGUGUUGGCUUAAGGGACUUGAAAAUCCACGUCCCAGUGGCAGUGCGAUCUGGAUCCAUACUGAGAAUGAACUGUACAUACGAUUUGGAAAAUACGGCACUGUAUUCAAUAAAAUGGUAUCUGAGGGAUCAAGAAUUCUAUCGAUACGUGCCAAAAGAAUCGCCUCCCACCCGUGUAUUUCCAAUGCCUGGAAUUAUAGUUAAUGUACAAGAAUCCGACGAGAACAAAGUAACCAUUGUGAACGUCCAAAGGGAAUUGACGGGAUAUUAUAAAUGCGAAGUCUCAGCGGACGCACCGCUGUUCCACACCGGUAUUAAGACAAAACUCACAUACGUCACUAAUGAACCGUCAUUCCCUCCGACGUUGCAGUCGAACAGAAUGAAGUACUCAGCGGGUGAUCUAAUUAACGUCAGUUGCAUUGCAGGCGAAAGCUAUCCAGCUGUCAACAUUAGUUGGUUCUUAAAUAAUCAAACGGCGCAAACCAUGAAAUCGGUACGUAUCAAGACUGCUUUCGAACAAAAUAAAGUUACCGAAAUGGUGGUCAUGAGAUCGUAUCUAAUGACAAGAGCUAAUACGUUGUUAUUUCCGACUGGCCGCAUUAAAGUAAUGUGUGAAAUUUCUCAAUUCGACUUGUACAAAUCGUCGUCUGAAAUAGAACUGGUUGACAACGCACCACCAAAAUCGGCGCAGGUCAUCGCUCCGAGUCUGUCACCACAUUCUACAGGUAAAGCUCCGAGAUUACAGAAUUGGGCAUCGAUUACGUUCAUCGUGUUGUUUAUCGCCAACACCAAACUACUGUAAUCAUAGGUAAUAUUCAUAACUGAGAUGGAACUGACCGGCUACGUUACACAAUUAUUCAAAUAAUACAAUAAAAUAUAAAAUAAUAGAAAGUCGAUAUAGUCUUAUAAUACAUAAGAUAAUUAAAAAUAUAUAUUAUAAUGAUGUUUACCUAUUGACCUGUGCAAGCACUAGAUUUUUUAAGUUAAUGUGUUCUAUUAAUUUGUUGAUUAUGUGUAAUUAUUAUUGUUAAGCUGAUAAAAAUAA